AUGCAAACAAAUAACGGUAGAUUCAUCGGACAAGGCACUGAUGGGGUUUUUAGAAAUUUAAUGGCAAAACCAGACACUGAAGAAAUGAGACAAGAACAAGAAUUAAAUCCUCCAAGUUAUGAAGAAGCGGCAGCAGAUGCAUCCCCAGAAUACUGGGAGUCCACUAUGAUAUCUCCAAUGUAUGAAGAUGAAGUGUUUGUUCAAGGUCUACCAGUUGGUAAUAUUGCCAACUUUGUCUGGAAUGCUUUGGUUACAGUAGCGUUUCAGUUUGUUGGUUUUAUUUUGUGUUAUUUAUUACACACUUCUCAUGCCGCUAAGCAAGGUUCUAGAGCUGGUUUAGGGGUGAAUCUAAUAAUGUAUGGAUGGAAUUUAGUUCCGCAGAAUUUUGGUCAUCCAGAUCAAUUACCUAAAAAAUAUCAACCAGAUAAUCCAAACGAUUUUGACAUUGACAGAUCUAGUAAGAUUAAUGGGAAAAUUGACAACUAUUCAUCAGGUAUAUUUAUUCAAAAUUCUAAAGAUGAUAAUCCUGAUGAAUGGUUGAAGACUUCAGUUAGUGCUCCAUAUGUGGCAUAUGGAUUAAUUGCAUUUGGAUUAUUCAUAAUAUUGAAAUCAUUGGUUGAUUACUAUAAAGUGAAACAAUUAGAAAGAGCCAUUUUGAACCCUUCUAAUGGUGUUCCUGUGACAAAUUCUGUGACUGGUGUAGUUGAAGAAAUUGAUGAAGAGAAUCGUCGUUUAGAAGAACAACUGAGGUCUCCAAGAUCAAAUGAACCCCAACAUUAA